AUGGCACCUCUGGCUGCGGAUCCCCGCCAGAUCCUGGUCGUCCUCGAUGACACCAGGCGGCGCGAAUUCUACACGCUGAUUGAAGAUAUUAUGAGACUCAUGAGAUCAGAGAUAGACCCCACCGGCAAUGAUCGACAUGAUGGAGGUUGGCCGUCAGUCGCCCAGUGGGAGCAGCAGCAAAAGCAGCGCAAGCUGGCAGGCCGGCACGCAUCGGAGCUCUCCUCCAUCCGACAAGACGCCCUCGAGCACUUUGGCGACUGGCGCCAGGGGAUUCUGAAGAAGCUCAAAGAAAUCACGUCCGCCAAGGAGGACAAGAAGGUGCUCGAGGCCCGCAAAAAUCGCCAGGACGAGGUCGCCAAGAUGAAGGCCGCGUCGUCUGGCGACGAAGAAGACCUCAUCACCCUCGGCGACACGGAGAACUCGUCCACGACAAACGCCAAGGACGUGGCCACCUUUCAGAAGCACUACCAGCCGGUGCCGACGAGCCUCACCGCCCUGCCUGUCGAGGACAGGCGUGAGCUGCUGAGCUCGAUGCUGCUGGUCGUGCUGUCGACGGGCAACUACGCGGCCCACUCGCGCGUGCUUGUUCUACACCUUGCGUCAUCCUUUGGUCUUCCUCUCGCCGUGCUCAUCACGGAGGAGACAGAGAUCGCCAAGUAUCUCGUCGAAGCCUCUACCGCCAAGGGCGAGGACGGAACCACCAGCAAGAGCGCCGCUGCGGCAUCGGCCAUGUCUGGCGAGGCUGAGGCGACGAAGCGGCGUCAGAACAACCAGUCCUCUCGGUUUUGGAAAGUCGGUCUGGCAUCCGUGGCUGGCGCGGCCGUCAUCGGUGUCACGGGUGGUCUUGCAGCCCCUGCCGUCGCGGGAGUGAUCGGCGGGAUUAUGGGCAGCGUCGGGCUCGGCGGUGUGGCGUCCUUCCUGGGCAUUUUCUGGGCCAACGGUGCGCUCGUCGGUGCUCUGUUUGGUGCCUACGGUGCCAAGAUGACGGGUGAGAUGAUGGAUCAGUACGCAAAGGAGGUGGAGGACUUCCGCUUCUUGCCCCUCAAGGAGGAAUACGGACAGGAUGCGAAAGAGGCGACAUCGGACGAGAAGAAGACGCGCCGCCUGAGAGUCACGAUCGGCAUCAACGGAUGGCUCGAGAAUGAAGUAGCCGUAACGAAGCCUAUGGAAGGUCCUGGGGCGACGAGUCGGAGGACCUGGUCAAGAGCUACGCCCUGGAAGUACGUCAAGCUGGAGAUCCUCAAGAACACGGUUCUCGUGUCGCUUUCGGCCGUCCUCUGGCCUGCCUACCUUCUCGGGACAGCCUCCAACAUCGACAACCCUUAUAACCUUGCGCGCAAUCGCUCUGAAAAGGCAGGCCGUGUCCUCGCGGAUGCCCUCAUCAACCGCGCGCAGGGCGAGCGGCCUGUCACCCUGAUCGGAUACUCUCUGGGAGCCCGCGCCAUUCACUCGUGCCUCAAGACGCUCGCCCAGCGACGGGCCUUUGGUCUUGUCGACUCGGUCGUGCUCAUCGGCGCGCCGACGCCGUCCGACACGGAGCAGUGGCAGGUUCUCCGUACCGUGGUCGCGGGCCGCAUCUUCAACGUCUACUCGGAGAACGACUACAUCCUGGGCUUCAUGUACCGCGCCACAUCGCUGCAACUCGGCGUCGCGGGCCUCCAGCCCAUCGAGGGCGUCGACGGCCUCGAGAACUUGGAUCUCAGCAAAGACGUGGCGGGCCACCUCCGCUACCCGGACCUGAUCGCGCAGGUCUUGACCAAGUGCGGCUUCCCCGACGUCAAGGACGGCGAGGGCGAGAUUGAGCGAGACAAAGACAUUGAGCGCGCCAAGCAGGCGCAGCCGGAUGACAUGCCUGAGGAGGCGCGCGCCAUCCAGGGCGAGAAGCCGAAGACUGGUGGCGGUGAUGGUGGUGAGCAGGACGCGAAGGAGGACGAGCCGUCGCCCCCUCUGCCUCCGAGGAGGAAGACCGAGACGGGCGCCGGCGGGACGACAUCGCCGCCUCCGUGGGCUUCGGACAGGAAAGAAGACCCUCUCCACUUGGGCACGGCAGGGAUGAAACACGUGGAGCCACUCGCGGAGCAGGACUUGCCCGAGCGGCGCAAGCCUUGA